AUGUUUUAUGGAUUUGUUGAUAGGUUUCUCUUCUGCUUGAAGACUUGCAACCAUGGCUCUGGACAAAUACCUGCUCUUCAACGUGAGUACCCAGAUAGCAGCCUUCUGCUGUCUGUGGCCAGGACCUCUGAACGCCAACUGAAAGAUCUGACAGCCCAUUCAUCCUUUUGCCCUCUCCCUUCUAAAAUCAUCCAUAGGUCCAGUCACCCAUGUCAAUUUGCUAUGACAUACAUCAGCGUUGAUGAGAGGCAGGAACACUCUCGGGUAAUUUUGAGCUGCCAGAAUAAUCAGCUGUAUGUGCAACAUGGCUUCAAGGAAUUCUCAAUUAGCAGCACACAUCCCUUAAAGAACAUGGACACUCGUAUUUUCACUGGAGACUUUAAUCCCGUAAAUAAAGGAGGCAACAAUGCAGGAACACAUCUGUAUCAGAGCAUGGAGAAUCUACACUGGACCACAGUAGCUGAUCCACACUGCCAUCCUCACUGCGGAAAUGUAGACAAUAAACUUGUCUUUCAUUGCAAAAGCGCAGCUCACUCUUCCGGGUUUUCCAUGGAAGAUUCCCUAACUCCCAGUUCACCUGAACGGUACCGACACUUCUCCCUUCCGUCAGAACAAGGGAUCCCUUCAACACAAGAUAUAGCCAUUUCCUCUUGUGCCAAAGUGCCUCCAUGGUUUCUUUCCUCCAUAAGUGGGGAUGCCAAAAAAAUCCUGAAAGAAAAACUUAGAAUUCACAGUAGUAAAGCUCCUGAGAUUUGCAAGCCCCUCAGAGCUCAGCCUCCUUUGAAUGAUUCGCAUGCCACUCUUGCUCAUGCCCCAUGGAUGGCGUUGGAGAGGCAACGGCCUUACUUCUAUAGCAGGCUAACCAGCCCAGAAGACAUCAAGCAAGAAGCCCAGAGAAGGUUGCAGAUCAGGAGGCAGAAGAGUUCCCCCAACUUGACCCUUCAUUGUGCCUCUGAUAGUCAGAAAGUGAUCAAAUCCCAAACUAUGGGAUCAUUAAAUGGAGAGGGAGAGAGAGGAGACUGCAAAAGGACUCCAGGAGAGAGCAAAAAAGCUGACUGCAAAGAGAGGCUCUACAUUCCAACUUUUGAAGAGUUCAAGAGGAUGAGAAGCAAGGAAGCCCCUUUUCUCAAUGGCAAUAGUGAAAUUGUGAAGGAUAAAACAGAAGGAACCCAAAAGUUGGAGGAAAAAAGAAGUCAAAACCAGGAUCAUGUUAAAGGAGUGGUUUCAGCCAUAGAUGACGACGAUGAGGUGUUUCAUGAAAACAGCCAGAAUGCUUCCAGGUUUAUUGGCUGUGAAGAAAAUUCAUCCACAUGGGACAGAAGUUUCUGCCUAAUAAAUACCCCAAUGGCCAGGGAUAAGAUUUCUGAAAUCCCGGCACCAGAAACUGUGCCAGUUCCCAUCUGUUCUAGCCCAGUUCCACGAUCACCUCUGCAACCUGCUGCGGCAUUUAGGAAGGAAGGCAAGAAAGAUUUUGCGGAAGAAGAGAAGCAAGGAUUGGAUGCAAGAAAUGUCAGGGAAACCCUCCAUUGUGCUGGACAAUCUCUGGUGCCUGAAACUCCAUCAUCUUGCUGCCCGCUGCUGUUAGAAGCAACCGAUAUUUCCAGUUACGGAGCUAAGCUUCAGAAAAUGAAGGAUGAAUUUAUAGGUACCGCUCUGGACCUCAUUAAAAAGAGCUGCACUGCUGAAACUACCCUUGAUCUCCCUUCCCCCAAAUCCUGUGAAAUUCAGAAAGCGAAUCACACUUUUGUGAAAGAUUGUCAUCAAUCCACAAGCGCCAGCUCAAAUUGCCGCAGAUCAAGUUCUGAUAUCUCCUAUGAAACCCCGGUCUGCACCAAAGUUCAGCGGGAGUGUCGACUACGGCCUCAUUUCAGUGAUCCAAUGCCAACCGAUGCUGUAAAGAGGAAACAACUGGAGUUAAAGAUAGCUGCAGCAGCCCGACACCAUGCCCAGAAGCGCCGGCAAGAGAGAGAAUCCAGUCCAUCCCUGACUAAAGCUACUGUCAACUAUGGAAACAAUGUUGAUGAGAAUCACCAUGCCCUGAGCAGCUCCUCUCGUUCCAAACACCGCUGGAGCAACGUUAGCAGUCUCAGUGCAGAUAGUGGAAUUGCAGGCGGGAAUGAGGAGAGGGACAAUGCUGACACCACCAUUGGAGGAGUGCCAAGAAUUAGGUCAUCCAAGAUGGAGCGAGCUGAUAGCGGUAUCAGCCAGGUGUUGAGUAGGAAGUGGAGGAACCGGGCAUCAGAAACAUUAACAUCUCUACAGGCAUGGGAAGCCCAUCAACCUUGCACUGACUGUGGUGGCAGAGAUUUUCCAUUGGAAACGGAUGUCCAGAAUCAAAACAGGAAACAGGCCAUUCUCUGUGAGAAGUGUCUGAAGUGCAGGACAGAACGGAAGGAAUCGGUGUUGGAAUUUGUCAACACUGAAGCUAGCUAUGGGGAAGACCUACGCAUCAUCAAGGAGGAAUUCUAUCUCCCCAUGCAAGCAGCUGGCCUCCUAACACAAGAACAGCUGUUGGUGGUUUUUAGCAAUAUCCAGGAGCUAAUUGACCUCAACGAAAACUUCCUGGAGUAUCUUCAAGAAGAGAUUGAGCAGGCUAUUGAGCAGGGUGAUGAUGACCUCAUGACUGUGUGCAUUGGUGAAAUAUUCCUGGAGUUUGUGAAUAUGCUGCCUGCAUUCCAGACAUAUUGUCUCCAGCAGCCAUCCUCUGUGAACAUGCUCAAUGCGUUGGAAAAGGAAAAAGAGUUACUCAGGAUAUUCCUCAAUGUUUCUCAGAAUGACAACACUGCCCUUCGUCGCAUGAAUCUGAGGUCCUUCCUCAUAGCUCCAUUACAGAGAGUCACCAAGUAUCCCCUUCUUCUGAGCCGUAUCAUCAAAGCCACUAUGGAGUACCACCCGGAUUACAGUAGUCUGCUGGAGGCCAAAAGCCGCAUCGAGUCCCACCUGGAACACAUCAAUAUGAAAACCAAGCAGGAAGGGAAUUCGUGGACUCUGCGCUCCUUCCGCCAGGACAGCAAGAAGAAUCGAGAGGUGAUCAACAUUGAAAUGAGGGAAACUGCUCUCAAAACAAUGGGCUGGCUGCGGGAAGAAACACGGUUUGUGAUGGAAGGCCCCUUACAGCUGGCCCAACCACCAGAUGGACAAUGGGUGAAAAAGGGCAGCAAGACAUUAAAGUUCCAGAAGAUGCAAGUUCUCCUGAUGGUCAACAUCAGGCGUGCAUCUGAGUCCAGUUUUGAACCGGGGGAGCCAGGCUCUGUGAAAGAUGCAGUAUUGGUCCUUAUUCGGGAUAAGAACAAUGGGAAGUUCAGUUUGCUCAGGGAACCCUUGAGACUCAGCAACUGUGUGGUCUCUGUGGAUCCCGACUGCGACGACACAUUUGAACUGCUUGAGAUAAGACGGGAAUCCUUCAUAUUUCGAGAUGGGGACAAGGCACGGACUCAUCACUGGUUUAGGCAGAUCAGGAGGUACUCUCGGGAGCUGGGCUCCUGGAAGAAGCGGCGUAACGCUUUGCCCAAUAUCAUGAUAAGUGCAUCUCACAAUAGGUCAUGA